AUGAGCGCCUCGCCGUACGGAGGAGCCUUCUCCUCCUUCGCCGAUGCGAACGGCCCUUCCGGGCGCGCCUCGAACUUCAACGUCUCGAAAGAAGCCUCCCAGGCAAUCUCGGACAGCUUCCAGUUUGCGGCAUCCAAGUCGAUCCGGACGUCGACCAUGAUUCUGGCUUCCUUCAAUGCUUUGGCGGCUUUUGCAACGGCUGUGGGGAUCGUCUACGGUUGCUACACGUACAGGAGGAGGGCGAUCAGGAGAUCAUCCGAUGCGUCAGUCUGGCAGUCUGAGGUGAAGAGACUUCCCACGCUGACCCAUCAUAGACCAUCGGGCUUGUUCUUCAUCCACGCCGUUGAAGUAUAUCCUCUCGUGCUGUCUUUGGGCAUCACGGUUCAGAGCAUCAUCUUCGCCGCCGCCCAAUCAAUUGGCCUGAAGGCCCUGCUGAGCAGGGGCUGCACCGUUGUUGCGAUAUUCUUGUUGCCGGCCCUCUUUAUUGCACCAUACAUUCACCUUGUCUUCGGAGUCGAGACGGCAGCGCGGGGACUGAGAUCGCAAUUUUCUCCCCGACGAAGAUGGACCGUGGCGAUUUGCAUCGGCACCGUCUCAACCUUCUUGUUAGCGACCCUUCUCGUCGCCUCCAUCAGCCGAGCGCCCGACUUCUGCUUCGCUUCUUUGCUCUGGCUAGUGAAGCCUUACGCCAAGGGGGUUUUCGCGGUUCUUUUGGGUGUGUCUGUUGUGCUGCUCAUCGUCAUCAUCACAAUCUUUGUGAGAUUGAGCAAGAGCCGCAUGGUCGACCCCGUCGAGAGGAUGGCGGCUUCUAGGAUGAUCUACUACCUGAUCCUCGGUUUCAUUUCCAAUGGCUUCGUCAUCCCAUUCUUCUUCAGUCUCACUUUCUUGGACUCGAAGAAGCAAAUCUUUCAGAACCUUAACCUUUCCAUGAUUGCAUCUGUCGUGGCCAAUGUAAAUGGUCUCAUGGUCGCUGGUCUGCACCUUUUCCUCCGGUCACAGAACAAUGCCUCUAUCGGUCACAAUCUGGGAGAGCAAGACCAUCACAAGACCAAGCUCGAACCACACGAGGAAGAUGCUGGCUCGGCCCACGCCAUGCGCCCAGUAAACAGCUCCAAUGACCGCGACAGAACAAGGGCGGACAGCAUCACUCAUUUGCUGCGUGCUGUGGACGUCGAGGAUGGGCAGAGUCCCAGCAGCCCCACUUUCCGCCCGAAGGUUACCAUCCCACAAGCUCCAGAGCCCACUCAGCCACCAUCUGAGACGUCUCCAUCCCACAUGCGAAAGCAGUCCUAUUCUUUAUUCCCCAACAACCCGUUCGCUCCCGCCGCGGUACUGCCCGCGACAACUUAUGCGCCAACUCCUGCCGCAACAAAACCCGUGAGGGACACCUUCAGACCACCACCCAUCGUGAAGCCUUGGCUUGGGCGGGGUCAUAAGAGAGACUCAUCAAUUGUCUCCUCAGCGACGGUCCAGAUCGGCAUUCGCUUCUCCAACGUUGAUGACUUCCAGCCCGGAAGGCCCAGUGACGUGAACGAUAGCGACCGGCCGGAGAUGCCGGACUUGGUACUGCGGCCUUCACCUUUGACCCAGUCCGAAGCCAGGCCUGAGUCCGAGUAUGUGGAACCAGAGGUUUUGCCGGAGCCGCUAUUCACCAGGCGAGCAUCCAGAGAUGCGAGGAUGAAGACACUUCCGCCUGUGCCAAAGGAUGAGAGCCUGGUCCUCGAUGUUGGAGACCAAGACGAGCAGUCCGAUAGCGAGAGAAGCGAGGGAAGUAAUCAGGACGGUCUCGUUACCCUGAGCCCCUCCGUGUACACUCCCCAGGAGGCCCCUCAGCGGAACAACUCAGUCAAGACCACAAGAAUGCCCAGCCCCAUGGGCGUUGGCUUCAGCAACCCGGCCGCCCGCAAUCACGGCGAGAUACAUGCGCCUCCGCGGCCAAACGCCGGCACAGCGACGACACCGGUGCCGUCGAACAAGACAUGGAUCUAG